GACCUCCGACACGUGGUGCAGGGCAGCGUUGACCUCCCGACCUUCGAGACAACAUGAACGACCAAAACGUCGUGAAGGAAGGAUGGGUACAGAAAAGAGGAGAAUACAUAAAGAACUGGAGACCACGCUACUUCCUGCUGAAGACGGAUGGAUCUUUUAUUGGUUACAAGGAGAAACCGCAGGAUUCCGACCUGGCCUACCCUCUUAAUAACUUCUCUGUAGCCAAAUGCCAGCUGAUGAAAACGGAGCGGCCCAAACCCAACACUUUCAUCAUUAGAUGUCUCCAGUGGACGACCGUGAUCGAGAGGACCUUUCAUGUGGACACGCCGGAUGAGAGGGACGAGUGGGCGGAGGCCAUCCAGAUGGUGGCAGAUAAACUGGCGAAACAGGAAGAGGAAGGAAUCUUGUGCAGUCCCACGUCACAGAUCGAAAUCGUCAACGAGGAAGAGAUGGAUACUUCCACUAGUCAUCACAAACGAAAGACAAUGAAUGACUUUGACUAUCUGAAGCUCCUGGGGAAAGGCACGUUUGGGAAAGUGAUCCUGGUGAGGGAGAAGGCCAGCGGCACCUAUUACGCCAUGAAGAUUUUGAAAAAAGAAGUCAUUAUCGCAAAGGAUGAAGUGGCCCACACUCUUACCGAAAGCCGAGUAUUGAAAAGCACUAGACAUCCGUUUUUAACUUCACUGAAGUAUUCAUUUCAGACGAAGGACCGCUUGUGUUUUGUGAUGGAAUAUGUCAAUGGGGGUGAGUUGUUUUUUCAUUUGUCACGAGAGCGGGUGUUCUCUGAGGACCGGACACGUUUCUAUGGCGCCGAGAUCGUUUCUGCACUGGACUACCUGCACUCUGCUAAAAUUGUUUACCGUGAUCUGAAGCUGGAAAACCUGAUGCUGGACAAAGACGGCCACAUCAAGAUCACCGACUUCGGACUGUGCAAAGAGGGCAUCACCGACACGGCUACCAUGAAAACGUUCUGUGGUACACCUGAGUACCUGGCCCCCGAGGUGUUGGAGGAUAACGAUUACGGACGUGCGGUGGACUGGUGGGGACUGGGCGUGGUCAUGUACGAAAUGAUGUGCGGUCGACUACCCUUCUAUAAUCAGGACCAUGAGAAAUUGUUUGAGCUAAUUCUGAUGGAGGAGAUCAAAUUUCCCAGAACCCUCUCUGCUGACGCAAAGUCUCUGCUGUCUGGCCUUCUCAUCAAAGACCCCAACAAGAGGCUUGGAGGAGGCCCGGACGACGCCAAGGAGAUCAUGAGGCACAGUUUCUUCUCUGCAAUAGACUGGCAAGACGUCUACGACAAAAAGCUGGUUCCUCCGUUCAUGCCCCAGGUGACCUCUGAAACAGACACUAGGUAUUUUGACGAAGAGUUUACCGCACAGACCAUCACCAUUACUCCCCCAGAGAAAUUUGAUGAAGAUGGAAUGGACUCAGCUGACAGCGAGCGAAGACCGCAUUUCCCACAAUUCUCUUAUUCAGCCAGCGGACGAGAGUGA